AAUUAAAUCGUUUUUUUUACAUCCAGGAAGUCAGAAAGUCUCGAUCGACCAAUGAGGAGUCAGUUCAGGUUUUAACUGCAACGGACAUUUUGUUUCAGGCUCCACUGUCCAAACCAGAGGCAGAAAAUCACCAAGAAGAAGAAAAAGAAGCAGAAGAAAUAACUUUACCAGGACACUGUCCGAGUCAAAGAAAGAAGGAAAGUCACGAGCAGCUGAAGGAAUAAAUUUAAGUCUUUGGAUGAAGCUACAAAGAAGGAACAUCGUCCUGCUACGUCCACAGCAACACAAAAUAGCCGACAGGGGAAACCUGAGCAGCAGAAGCUCCUCUCUGGAUUAGAGACUCGGCUCACGGAGGAGGGACAUGGCCUGGAUUGUAGUCAUUUUCUCCUGGUUUGAAAAGGCCAUCCAUCUGUGCUGUUUUAUCACCAGGUCUGGGCUCUGGAGGAUGGAGAGGUGAGGAGGCGAGCACACAGGUAUGUUUUAUUGAUCAGGCAGCGCCACCGCCGCCAUGAAUAAAACAUGAGGAGGAUCCAGAAGAGUCCCGGUGUUCGGGCAGGUUUGUUGUCUUGUAAGCUAAACCCAUUCCAGCUAAUGGAGUCAACGAGACACUCCGGGCCUGAGAGCUUCUGCCGGCUUUUACAGGGUGUUACAGACGCUUUGGCACUUCAGGAAUCUGACAUUUCUUUGUGUCCUGAGUUUCCCUGUGAGGACAAGAACUGCGACAUGUGACAGAACCUCCAGACCUCCAGCACAGCAGCGAGAUCCUGACACAGAACACAGCUGAAACAGAUAAAUCUAGAGUCUCUGAGGGGUUGUUGGCAUGCAGGUCAUUUUCACUGUUUUUAUGGUCAUCCUGCUCUCUUUGUAUUGCUCUCAUACUAUUUAUAUCCCGUCACAGUCAUUUUGUAUCUCAUUGCAGUCAUUUCACUUUUUUCAUGCUCAUUCUUCGUCUCUGAAGUCAUUGUGGCUCAUUGUGUUCAUUUUCGAUGUUUUUAUUAUCAUUACAAGGUCUUUGCAGUCAUUUUGCAUUGCUUUGGAGACAUUUUACAUCUCAUUGCAGUCAUUUUGCGACUGUUUGUGGUCGUUUUCAUUGAUUUUGUGGACGUUUUUAUCUCGUCAUGGUCAUUUUGUAUCUCGUUGUGGUCAUUUUAUAUCUCAUUGUGGUAAUAUUUUAUCUUGUGGUCAUUUUGUAUCUCGUUGUGGUCAUUUUAUAUCUCAUCGUGGUCAUUUUGUAUCUCGUUGUGGUCAUUUUGUAUCUCAUUGUGGUAAUAUUUUAUCUUGUUGUGGUCAUUUUGUAUCUCGUUGUGGUCAUUAUGUAUCUCAUUGUGGUAAUAUUUUAUCUUGUGGUCAUUUUGUACCUCGUUGUGGUCAUUUUGUAUCUCGCUGUGGUCAUUUUGUGUCACGUGGUCAUCAUGUAUCUCAUUGUGGUAAUGUUUUAUCUCGUUGUGGUCAUUUUGUAUCUCGUUGUGGUCAUUUUUUAUUUCGUGGUCAUUUUGUAUCUUGUUGUGGUCAUUUUGUAUCUCGUUGUGGUCAUUAUGUAUCUCGUUGUGGUCAUUUUUUAUCUCGUUGUGGUCAUUUUUUAUCUCGUUGUGGUCAUUAUGUAUCUCGUUGUGGUCAUUUUUUAUCUCAUGGUCAUUAUGUAUCUCGUUGUGGUCAUUAUGUAUCUCGUUGUGGUCAUUUUUUAUCUCGUUGUGGUCAUUUUCUAUCUGGUUGCAGCCAUUUUGCACCUCUUCACGGUAAAUUUGUACAUUACUGUUAUCACUUUAAAUGUAUUUUCCAUAAUUUUCCAUCUUUUUGUGGUCGUUUUCCAUUUGUCUGCAGUCGUUAUGCCUCAUUUUUCAUCUCUGUAUUGGUUUUUCCUCUCUUUAGUCUGUGUUUUCUUCCAGUGCAGUUGUGCAGGUGAAUCCUGAUAAAAGCCUACAGAGCUGUUCAAUAAUCCAUCCACCCUCCCUUUAAACCUUCAGUUCCCUGAAACCGAAUGCUCUCCCAGCAUGCACUUCACUUUACUUCACUAUGUGGUCAUUUUCACCUCUUUCUCGUCUCGUAUGUCAUCACUCUGCACCUCGCAGUCAUUUUGCAGCUCUUUGUGGUCAGUUUGUUUCUUUACAUAAAACCUGAAUCUGUUGGUGAUCUUUUAAUCCUCCUGUUUUAUGACUUCAGUAUCUUACCAUGUUUUCUUUGUCUAAUCUGGUUUGUUUGGUCAUUUUACAACUAUUUUGUGUCUCUUUUAGAUCAGUUUUCAUCUUUUUGUGACACUUUUUUUAUGUAAUUAUAUUGUUGUAAUUUUACAUGUUUUUGUGGUUCUUUGAUUCUAUUCAUAGUCGCUGUGUUUUUCAGUCAUUUUGCGUCUCUUUUUGGUCAUUUAGCACCUUAGUUCAAUUAUUUUGGACUGCUUUGUCGUCACCGCACCAUUUAUUUGUCAGUUUGCACCUUAUUGCCAUCAUUUUGCACCAUUUUUCAGUCAUUUGGCACCUUAUUUCAAUCAUUUUGCAUCCCUGUUCAUUCAUUUUCCAUAACUUUUGGUGCGUUUUGCACCGUUUUUUAGUCAUUUUGCAACAUUUCUCAGCCAUUUUGCACCAGUUUUUGGUCAUUUUACACCACUUUUCAGUCAUAAUGCACCAUUUUUCAAUUAGUUGGCGCCAUUUUUCUGGUCAUUUUGCACCUUAUUUCAGUCAUUUUGCGUCUCUGUUCAUUCAUUUUCCAGAGCUUUUGGUGCUUUUUGCAUCACUUUUCAGUCAUUUUAUACCACUUCUCAGUCAUUUUACACCAGGUUUUUAGUCAUUUUGCAUCACUUUUUGGUCAUUUAGCACCUUAGUUCAGUCAUUUUUGUUGGUUUGCACCCUACUUCUAUCAUUUUGCAUCUCUUUUCAGUAAUUUUGCACCACUUUUGGUCAUUUUGCACCAUGUUUUGGUAGUUUUAUGCCUUAUUUCAUUUGUUUUGCAUCACUUUUGGUCACUCUGCUCCAUUCUGUUAGUCAUUGUAUAUCCAUUUUCAGUCAUUUUUCACCACGUUUUGGUAAUUUUGCAUCUCUUUUCAGUCAUUUUACACCUUUUUUGGUCAUUUUUCCUCUCGUUUCAGUCAUUAUGCACCACUUUUUGGUCAUUUUUCAUCUUAUUUCAGUUGUUUUGCACUACCUUUUGUCACUUUGCACCAUUCUUUUAGUCAGUUUGUGUCAUUUUUUAGUCGUCUUACAACAGUUUUUGUUCAUUUUGCAUGUCUUGUCAUUUUUAACAACUUUUUGGUCAUCCAGUACCAUUUUUUUUGUCAUUUUGUGUCCAUUUUCAGUCAUUUUGUACCUUAUUUUAGCCGUCUUGUACCAGCUUUGGGUAAUUUUGCAUCUCUUUUCAGUCAUUUUGCACCACUUUUUUGGUUAUUUUGCACCAGGUUUUAGUCAUUUUGCACCUUCUUUCAGUCGUUUUGUACAUUAUUUCAGUCAUUUUAUACAUUAUUUAAGUUGUUUUGUAUCUCUUCGUGCUCAUUUUCUGCUUCUUUUUUGCGGAUAAAGCUUGUAAAAUGCUCAUUAUCCGUCCAUCUCCCUGUCUCGUUAUUUUAUAAACCUGAUGGUCUUGAAACCACCACCUGGACCAGCGUGUGCUCUGACUUCCAGUCUAUUAUUUCUGUGGCAUCAGAGGCUAAUUUUCACAACAAGAUUGUUAUUUUCCGUCUGUAUCUCAUAAACUAAACUGUAACUCUGUUCUGUGUAAUGAGCUUUUCCUUCGUUCGCUGAAGGCCUCAGGAUUGUCAUUUUCAUUUAUUGUUUCAUAACGCUGGAAGUCUGCAGAGACUCCGGCUGCAUUUAGGUCUGUGCACAUAAACUUGACUUAUUUGUUAAUAAGAGCAUUUGAGAAGCUGCACAGGAGCGAAGGUCUGGAAGUUCUGGAAGUUCUGGAAGUUCUGUCCGACCAAAGGGCUAAAAUCAAUAAGAGCUGCUGGUAUUUGGUGUCAGACGUCCUGGUAUUUUCAAACCAUGCUGUGAAGAAUGAACCUUUUAAACUGGGAUUUUAUCAACAUUUACUGUCAUACUCCCCCCUUGCUAGAUGUUUCAAUAAAUUACACGUAGUAAAAUCACAGAAAAAGUAUUGAGCUGUCAUUUUGCAUCUCUUCUGUCAUUUUGCACCUUAUUUCUGUCAUUUUGCACUAUUUUUUGGUCAUAUUGCACCUUAUUUCAGUCAUUUUACACCACUUUGUGGUCUUUUUUUUUUUUUAACCACCUUUCAGUCAUUUUUUUUACCACUUUCUGGUCAUUUUGCACAUUAUUUCAGUCAUUUUGCACCACUUUUAGGUCAUUUUGCACCAUUUUUCAGUCAUUUUGCACCACUUUCUGGUAAUUUUGCACAUUAUUUCGGUCAUUCUGCACCAUUUUUGUCAUUCUGAACCUUAUUACAGUCAUUUUGCACCCUAUUUUGGUCAUUUUGCACCUUAUUUUAGUCAUCUUGCACCAUUUUUUGGUCAUUUUGCACCACUGUUCAGUCAUUCUGCACCACUUUUUGGUCAUUUUGUACUUUAUUUCAAUCAUUUUAGACAUUAUUUCAGUCACUGUACCCCACCUUUUCAGUCAUCUUGUAUCCACUUCAGUCAUUUUGCACCACAUUUUGGUCAUUUAAAGAUUCAAACCCAUCAGCAUGUGAGAUGUUUCCAGAUCUGAUGAAAUUCCAAAUUUGUCUCCACAUUACAAAGAACAUAGUGAGUUCUCUGAUAGCUCCUCUUGUUCGUAGUAAAUUUUUAAAGAAAGUUUGUAUGUUUUUGUCGUCUUUCUCAGUGUUAUUGGCGUCUCGGCUGGUUAACUUUAGCAGCUCUAGAGAAUCUAAGACUGAGAUUUAGUGUUGAAUGAGUCAAUUUAGCAGGAAAAUCGGCCAUAAAUAAUAAAUUAGUUUAACUUGUCUUUAUAUUCACAGUUUAUCUAUAAAUAAUAUAUAAAUAUAAAAUAAACCUGUGAUCUGAAGGACUCUGAUGUUUUUCUGCUUUUUGGGCCCAGAAACAUGGAUGUAAAAAAUCAGUUGUUUUGCCUCUUUUCAGUCAUGUUG